AUGGAAAAGGAUUCGCUCUGUGGCAGCAAAUAUUUGCUGCUGAUCAUCGACGAAGCCAGUGGAUGCAUGAAGGGCUUUUGUCUACGAGUGAAGUCCGAGAGUGAAGACUACAUCCGGAAAUAUAUCACCAUGGUACAGACGCAAUUCUGUAAGAAGGUCAAGUUCGUGCGACACGACGGAGCUCGCGAGUUUGCAACCAACUCGCUUCAACUGUUCUACGAAGACGAAGGAAUUGAACAGCAGACAACGGUGCCGUAUGCACAUCAACAUUUGAAGCAGCAGUAA